AUGUUUCCACUCAUCCUACGAUUUUUUCUCAUUCAAAAUACUGUAUCUUCAACAAUGUUGGUAUUUUAUGGAUCACCUGGAGCAAAUAUCAAUUGCACAUCUGAUUCAACAACUUCUUGGGAUUCGUGUGUCACUAAUUGUGCAGAAAAUCUAACUUGCUUUGUGAGUUUUUUUCUCAUUUUAAGUAUAUCUGAAAUUAAUUUCAGUUAGCCUAUUCAUCUCCUUCGAUUACUUGUAAUUAUUGUGAUUUUGGAGGAUUCCCAGAUAUUACAUAUUCCAGCUCUGAAACAGAUUAUAUUUUAGCUUUGAAAACUGAUAAUACUACCGAAUGCAAUUCUGAUUUUGAACUUUUGAAAGUUAACGAUUUCGAUAAACUAAAAAUCUGCCCAUUCACAUGGACAAAGUUUAUCCGAGAGAACUACGUAGUUUGUAUGCAACGACUAUACACUACAUUUUUGCUAAAUAAGCCUUUGGCCACAGACCGUUGCUCAACCAAUGGUUGGAGUCUUCUUGGCUUUGAGAAUCAGGAUGAAUUGUCGUAUUGGAGUGUUCCACGUUUUCCAAGUUUGAGUAAUCAAUCACUUUAUAUUGGGCUCGAGGAAGUGAACAGUGUUUUUUCGUGGACUGAUCCAUGGUUAACUGGCCCGGGGGUCAUAAAUUGGGCCCCUGGACAUCCAAAAAUUGGCUAUGAUUGUGCUUCAAUGCGAUUUACCACAGGUUUGAUACAAAGUGAAAAGUAAGGUUGAUAAUUUUGUGAAGUAUUUAAAUUCACUGAAGUUUUCAGCUGUACUGCGAAUAUAUGUUUGAACGAGCCACAUUGCACAUACAGUGUUUUUUGCGGUUUUUUGAUGAAAUAA